CGAGCUCGCCGUGCCCACCCCCGCCGCCCUCUGGCCAACCGCGACCUGGCGCGCGGCGGCCCGGCCACGCCCCCACGCGAUGGCUGCGUUCACUGGCUGGAGGCACGUCCUUCAGGCUCGCUCCGCCUCCUGCCCCGCCCCCGCGACCGCGGACUGCGCAGACUCCGCUUCGCACUCGGUCCCGCCCCCGCCUCCCCGUGACCGGCGCACCUGACUGUUGCUGCGCAGGCGCCGGCGCCGGCCCCCAGCUGGACAGCAUGCUUUCGUGUCGCGGUGAGACGCACACCGCUCCCUGCGGACGCCCGCGCCCGGACGGCGUCCUCCACGCGCCGGAUAGCACUGAGUGCAGCUCUGCUCGCAAACACCUGUCCAGGUACACCUUCCAGGACGUUAACACACACAUGCGACACCCAACAAACACGCAAAGUCGGUGGGUCACCCGCAGGCCUGUCCACACCCUGCGUGGAGGCCCCAAACUCGAGGGCAGGCGGAGCCCCGGGGUGCGAGACAGAUGGCCGCUCACGUCGCGCGCUGCGGGGCCCGGCCGUCUGCUUUGGGACAGGCGUCGGAAAGAGGUGUUCAAGAGGUCAAAUGAAGAGAGCCGUUGGAGAACCAGGAAGCUGUGGGCAGCGCUGCAUCCGAGGCCUGGCAGUGCGGGUCAAGCGCAGCCCCAGCGGCCUGAGCCUUUGUGUUGGAGAGACAGACGGGACACUGCCAGGGCAAACAGGAGCGGGAGGCCCGUGGAGGGUUCCCUCGCCGUGGCCAACGCCCAGCGAGCCCCAGCCCAGCCGCAGUGGCCAGCAAACAUCACAGCUUCACGUCAACACCAACCACCCCUCCCAAGAGCUGGCCUCUGAGGGGCAGGCCUGAGCCCACGCUGUGCCCCCAGGGCUCCAGCAGGACGCUGUGUGUCACCUGCAAAGGUGAGAGCUGGACUCUGGCGUCCCCGGGCUGCUCUGGGUCCACAGGCAGCAGCUUCCACCAGCCUCGCCCCUUGGAAUGCCCGAGUGACCAAUCCCACGUAAAAUCAGAUGCUUGCAUCUCCUGAACAGGGAGCGGCUCUUCACCUCGGCCCUGGUCAGCCACAGACCAGUGAGCCCGCCCUCGGGACCGCAGCUUGCCGGUUAGGGCCGUGAUUGCGCAACGGAACAAGAAACACAAGUCUUGCACCAACAGGCUGCGGCCCAGCAGGGAUGAAACUCUGUGUGUGUGUAUGUGUGUGUGUGUGUGCGUGCGCGCGCGCCUGUGCCUAGGCCACACCACAGCCCGCCCGUCUCCCUGCAGGCCCUCAGCGCCUGUGCAGGGAGCACACGUCUGGGCCUGGGCCUGAAUUCCAUCACCUGCGAGGCACUGUUUUCGUGCGUCUGAGACUGGAUGCGAGGAUGAUGGGUCCAAGUGAUGGGCACCUCCAGUGUGUUCUGCCAAGGGGGCAGGAUUGCUGCAGGGGGUCGCCCGGAGUCUCCACCGCGACAGUGGGCCCCACACAGGGCUGGGCUGGCCCCUCGAGGGGUCUUCAGAGCAGGCAGGUCCCGGAGAGCCGGAGGACACACACCCCAGAUCUGAGGGGGUGACGCAGGUGCAGCUCCAGAGCCUUCUAGAAUCUGCCCCCACUUUCCAGAGCCUGUUCCCUGACCCAGCCCCUGCUGCCUGGCAGGGGAAGCAGCUCUCGAAGCAAGCCGGGCCUCAGCCAAGCUCCCGUGCCCUCGCGGGGGCUGCAGGCCACCUGGACCCUGCCCUCUGUGAAAGACAGUGGCAGGCGCGAGUUAGACCAGGGCACCGUCACAGACCGGCUGUGGCAAUGCAGGGACCACAGCUGCCAGCCUCGAAGACCAGCGCUGUGCCUUCCCGAGGUGUCCCUUGCCUACACACACGCGAGCACGCGGUGCAACCCGAGUGCCACAGCUGGAUGGGGCAGGGGUUCCCUGUGCCGAACCGCUCAGGUAUCUUCCCGCCACCCCCAGCUCCUCCAGUCCCUGUUCCCACGGGACAGGAGGCAGGGGAAGGUGGUCAACACUGCCCAGCAGUGCCCCUACAGAAGUCACGGAUGUGCAGAGAACAGGCAGCCCAAGGGGCUGUGGCCUGCAUGUGACCGACAUCACCUCCCCCAGCUGGCUGUCACAAUGCUGUCCACAGCCAAUGCCCCUGUGGAUUCCUUCUGCAAGUCCCUGCCCGGUGAAGAGAUCAUUCACCAGCACCUACCAACUCCUGAACAUGGCAGGCAGUGGCUUCAACACAGCCCGUCCCAUGCGUGCACACACCCCGAGGCCAAUCCUCACUACACCUGCCACCGCCCCAGACCUGGGACCUCCCAUUGGCCCUUAGUCUCAGGGCAACUGUCCCGGCACACCCAUGGCCCAGCCGCUCACGUGACAGCAGGUAGGUGGGCGGGGGUCUGGCAGGUACAGAGCAGCCAGCGAUCCAACCUGUGCCGGAGUGGGCAACCCAGGGAGACCUGCUGGACACAACACCACACCAGCCCACCGCUGUCCUGCUACUGCCACAUGGAGAGAGCCACCUGGCUGACCACUUGAGCCCAGGCUAGGCCCUCCUCGCUCCCCACAGAGGAGCCUUAGUGUGAGUGCCGGAUGGCCAGGGCUUCUGACGCCAACCACUGAGCCCCCAAGCCCACCCCAACUGUCACCUCCACUCUGGUCCUGGGCAAGACCCCCUGCCCCCGCCCCGCAGCACGCUUGCCAUCACACACUCCAUGACCCCACACCCCUGCCCUCCCUAUGCAGACACUGGCUUUGCCAGCUACACAGGGCUUGAGAACUCACUGCUGAGCCCCCAAGAGCCUCAUGCGUGCAUGUACAACAGGGAGCAGACCAGCUAAGACCCAGGCCCCAGGAAGGGUCGCCUGUGGGGUGGACACAGGGAAGCCCGAUGUGGCAUCUGCCCUGCCCAGGCUGGGAAAAUCAGCCCACACGCCCAACUUGAAGUCAAGAAAAGACAGCGGCUCCCACAUGCUGCAGCCGGAGCUCUGCACUGUCCCAGGUGAGCUGCCAGCAACUGCCAGUGAUGGGCACAGGCCAGGGCACCGGGGGCACAGGGAGAGGGCAGGAGGCUGCAGCCAGGACCUGCCCCGACAAGCCCGGGCCUGCAGCGGGCAGCCACGCAGCACUGGGUGCUCCUCUGCCAGGCCCUCAGCACCACCUGGCCCCUGCUGCAUGGCUUCCCAGAGCUCCCAGCGUCCCUGCCCCUGGAUGGCAGCACGCUGUGGACCUGGGAUCCCUGUGGCCAGUUCUGCAGCUGUGGCGUCCCCAGGCACGGGGCAGCCCACAGGCAGCACUGCCUGCCCCAGGCAAGAUGCAGGCGCUGCUAGGCUGGGGCCCCGGCACCAGCCAGCCUUGGGUGAACACCUGCAGGCAUGCCGGACAUCAGCAACUCGCCUGGGCCCCACGGGGUCCACGGAGGACAGGCGGGCAGUGCGAGCCAGAGUGCUUGUUCGUGCAGCAGGCGGUGCAGAGGUCUUGGAGCUGGAGAGCGUCAGCUCCAGUGCAGGGAGAACGCUGGGCCACACAUCUUGGAGGUUCUCAAAUGAGGCGCUGAGAACGCCCCAAGGACGAGCUGAGCCUGCUCCGCAGGGCCAGGGUGGGCACAGGCAGGAAGCCCUCUGCCCAGAGGCUUGGGAAGAGCACCCUGGGGUGAGAGCCACCGUGACAGCCUUCAGGGCGUGGCAGCCACAGAAGUACUGUGCGGGGGCGGGGUCACCCCACGGGAGCCCAGGAGCAGGAGCGCCCAGCAGAGGGUGACCGGGCGCACCGGCUCAGGCCAGGGCUGCGGCUGCCGGCCCUCUCCGGUCACGGGCAGCUAAGGUCACCCUUUCCCUCGCGAGCGGACGUGGACGACCUGCAGCUCCGGGCCUCGUCUUCACGGGCUCGGCCCUCCUCUCCAGGAGUUGCUGAUUCCUUGGGAUGGGCCCCGUCAGCUUUCCGUAAGCACGAAGGACACCACCCAAGCUCUGCCCUAAGUUCGGGGUUCUGGCUUCAGUUUCAGCACACCUCGUGUCCUCGGAUCACUCCGACAGGUGCUCUUCCCAAACUGGUCUUACCCUCCUUAGUCCUCAGACUACAUCUGUCCUGGGGCAGGGUGUGGCGCAGGUCGGGCCACGGCUUGGGACGCUGACGUCCCAUCUCCUAGAGUCUGGUUGCAGUCCAGCCGCUCCGUGUCAGAUCCAGCUUCCUGCUAGCGUGCGCCCCAGGGAGGCAACGGAUGACAGCCCAAGUUCUUGGGCACCUGGCACCCACGUGGGAGGCCCAGAUGGAGUCCCAG